CGUCCGAGGCCUUCGACUCCGUGCUGGGCAACACGGCGUCGUGUCACCGCGCCUGCCAGCUCACCUACUCCCUGCACACCUACCCCAAGGAGGAGGAGCUGUACGCCUGCCAGCGAGGCUGCAGACUCUUCUCCAUCUGCCAGUUUGUGGACGACGGCAUCGAUUUGAACCGAACCAAGCUGGAGUGUGACUCUGCCUGUACUGAAGCAUACUCCCAAUCUGAUGAACAAUAUGCUUGCCAUCUUGGAUGCCAGAACCAAUUGCCAUUUGCUGAGUUAAGGCAAGAGCAAUUAAUGUCCCUGAUGCCCAGAAUUCAUCUCCUCUUUCCUCUGACACUGGUGAGAUCAUUCUGGAGUGACAUGAUGGAUUCAGCUCAGAGCUUCAUAACAUCCUCAUGGACUUUCUACCUUCAAGCAGAUGAUGGCAAAAUUGUCAUAUUCCAGUCAAAGCCAGAAGUACAGUAUGUUCCACAGCUUGAUCAGGAAACUGAAGAUUCAAGAGGAUCCUUGUCGCUGAGUAAAACAGCCUCCGAGGUGCGUCCCGGAGGCGCGCAGACGUACCGAGGCCUCUUUGAAGAGCGAGGAGGUGACAGCUUCUUCAGGUGUCUGUCCAUAAAUUCCAGCUGGAUUUUAACCACUACACUCGUCCUGUCGGUGUUGGUGCUGCUCUGGAUUUGUUGUGCAACUGUAGCCACAGCUGUAGAGCAGUAUGUUCCCUCUGAGAAGCUGAGCAUCUAUGGAGAUUUGGAAUACAUGAAUGAACAAAAACUGCACAGAUACCCAUCCUCUGCACUCGUUGUGGUGAGAUGCAACCCUGAGGAGCACGAAGAAGCAGGACCUCUUCCUACAAAAGUCAAUCUGGCUCAGUCAGCAAUUUAAAUAAGCCUCCAUUGGAUCCAAUAGACUAAUUCUAACAGAGCUAGCAACUCCUGAUCUUUGUGGUGGUUCUUCAGAUAAGAAGCUUAGCAGCCAGUCUUUAAAUGCAAAGUUACAGAAUCAACCAAUGUCAUGGGAUUUGUUUUCAGCUAGUAGCGAAGACUUGGACAUCUUGAAUUUGUUUGUUUCCAGGCCUAAUCACUUCUCGCUGGUGUCUUGCUGUGUGUCUUUCUGCUUACAAAAGCUGUAAGCAUGCUUUCCAUACUCCUGCCAUGACACUUCCAGACUUACCUGUGUGUUCUAGGAUGUAAUGUUGUACAUUCAGAGUUAGCUUUGUAAAGGUAUAAGGACUUUUAAGUAGACAGGAGACGCCUUUUUAGUGUUGCACUUUCUGUUGUAGUUAAGAGAAAAUAUUAUAAAAUUAUCUGCUGAAUUUUUGUACCUGCUAAUGGCCAUGCACAAACAACCCUGUCUCCAAAAAUAGAGUUAUAUUUUUUCUACAGUGUGGCAAUACCUGUGAUGGAAAAUGUUUGUGAGGUACUGGGAGGCUAGACCUCAAUUUGUGAAAGAUGGACACUUUGUUAAAGCUCAUGGAGCUAUCCCUGCAUACACAGAACACAACAUGGUCAAUUGUUUUGUUGAAUUUUAGCCUUUAGGUCUUCAAAUUGCUUGUAAAGUUAGCGCCUGUGUUCUCUGAAGAAAUUCUACUUUCUGUUCUUGAUUAAUUAUUCUAGUCUUGUAACUUCAUUUACAGAAAUAAGUUGAUUCCUGAGAAAUGGGAACAGAUGAAUAAAAUUGACUGUAUAGAAAA